AUGGCAACUAAAAGUGUUGAAGCAGAUUGUGGAGGAACGGUAGACAAAGAGCGUCAUACAAUGUCAGGAGACCAAAUAUCACAAUUAUCUGAUUUGUUUAUACAUCACAUCUUUUCAUUCCUUCCUACCAUUUAUCUAGUGCGAAUAAGUAUUCUUUCCAAGCAUUGGAGACAGGCGUGGGUUUCAACUCCCUUUUCAUAUUCUGAUGACUUACAGGGCAUUACUUUCUACAAGAAUGUGAAGAACCGAGAUAUGGUCUUAAAGUUCAUGACUAAUUACUUGAGAUAUCGCAAACAGUAUAUACAGAUUCCAGAUACAUUCAUUUUAAGUUUUAGGUGUGAUACAGGCUAUAAUUUCUCAAGCAGUAGCAGCGAUGCUAUGAGACAAAUAGAUGAUUGGUUAAACUUUGUUGUUAAAAGCAAAGUGAAGGAGUUAGAUCUCCAUGUCAAAAAGUAUUGUUUACCUCAGUUCUUUUUUGGUGCAAGUUCAUUAGCACUCCUGAAAUUGUCUUCAUUAGAGUUGGUUGUCCCUUCUCUUUCACCCCUUCCCUGUUUGAAAGUUCUCUUUGAUGGCCUAAUUUCUGGGCUUCCUCUCCUUGAGAGGUUAGCUUUACAAUCCCACGCAUCAAAAUCUUUUAGCAUCCGUAGUCAUAGCCUGAGAUAUGCUUCCAUUGCAUCAUACGUGCUGGAGGUUGCACUUGCAGUUACAGAACCAAAUUUAAUUCACUUGCACCUUGAACAUUAUGCUGAGUUAACCAUUUCAGUUGAUGCUCCCAAUACGUUGGAAGCCAGUUUAAGCCUUCAGAAUCCUGUUGGUGUUCUUUAA